GAGAUUCCUGUUCUCCAACCAAAGCCAAAGGGUGUGACUUCUCAUUGUCCUGAGUAGGUGUAUAUACAGAGGCCAGCUUAUUGAAGUUAAACGUAGCUGCUUCAGCCACAGCUUGGUGACCAUUACUGAGUUGAUGGCAGUUAGCAAGGAGCAAGAUAUUAGGGAAGAGAUUCUUGGCUUUACUUCACAGUCCCUCUCUGAAUUCAACUGUGAUGAUGUAUUAAGAACAAGCAGGAAUAAGGGAGGACGAAACAUCAGAAGCCAAAAGAAAAGAUCUCACGGUUGUCCAAGGAAGAGCAAGGGAAAUAAGAAGGUCUGGAAAGUGGUGACAAGAAUAAAAUCGGUACUUGAAGACAGUUCUGAAAAGGAGAAGGAAGAAAAAAAGCAUAUCAUAAUGGUGUUUUAUUGCCAUUCAAAUGAAGAAAGGAAAAAAAGUCAAAAGAAGGAGAAUGCAGAGGGUUAUGAAGAAUUUCUUAUUCCAAAUGAUGCCAUUGUCUCACCUGGGUCUGGCCCAGUAGCAGAAUUUCCUGCAUCCUCUCCCCAAAAUUGAGAGCAGUAGUUAUUUGGUUUUUUGUAAUGAGAUCACAUAGUACACCAUCGUAUGAGAAUGUUUGGGCAUUUUUUAAUCAAAUGUAAUAAAAAUAUUAAGUGAAAAUU